CGCGCCAUGGUGAAUGUUCGAAAGGACCACCAUUCACGUUUCUCAUCCUCCGUUAGUAUUUCUCGUUUGGUUUCGAACGGCGCUUUGUCUCUGAUGGAUUCUGCUACCCUUGCUUGAUUUUGCUUCCUUUUUUCCCUUCCUUCUCCCCGCCAGCAACAACUCUCAAAUCCGCGCCUCUACCCGUUGCCAAUAGUCAUGGACGGCGAAUCCUACAACAUGGAUGUUGAUGAUCUCUUUGGAGACUCAGAGCACGUCACAAACCUGACAAUACCUGCCCCGCCUGUCAAAGGCCUUGCUCGACGGCUUGAUGAGCUGAGUUCAAGCGGAUGCUGCCAGAAGAUAGCCUGGUCGAAGAAUGGCUGUGUGGCGUACAUUGCGCCAGACGGCUAUGGCGUAAAUCUAAGAGUUUUUGCACGAGAUCCCUCUACUGGAAAAUGGGAUCUCGGCAAAGAUACGCCUUUGGAGAUGCCGCACACUCAGGAAGAUUUUCAGUUCGUCCACCUGUCCUGGAGCCACCUUGGCAACGACCUGGUUGUGAUGAAUGCCGCUGGUCACGUGAUGAUCUUCUCAAUGGCUAUGGCAAUAGAUCGCAUGGCGUAUAUGCGGGCCGAGGUAUCUCAAUCCGAGGCAGAGAUAGAUGGUGUAGUGGGCAUGCAUUGGCUUGCGAUCCUGCCAUAUGAGCAGAAGAAUCACAUCGCCUGGUCAGCAAGUGGGAAAGGAGAUACCUGGAAUUUCAGAGUGUCCACGCAUGUGUUCAAAGAUGCCCAUCAUCCAGCAGAGGGCAAGGCUUCCUUGAUUUAUCUGAAGCGUCAUGGUGAACUCAAGCUACGGUUCCAGCAACACGACAACAGCUGGCAUGAAGUGUCGGCUAUACUGGGCCCCAUGUUGUCGACCCGCGAACCCUUUACGCAUGCUGCAUUUGCUUCAAACAAUGACAACACCCUGCUUCUAGCCGCACAUGAUGUCAGCGGUCGACUAUAUAUGUAUCGAAUCGAAGCAAAGUGGAAUAUUCCAGUCCCAAGACCUGGGCAUGCGCCGAAGCCGUUCGAGAAGCCGGAUCUUCAAGUCCUCGAAAUCGCCGUUAAGGAUAACUGCUAUCCAAAAAGCUCUGCUAUGGUUAACGGAGACCUGAAUAGUGGAUCCGAAUCAAAGAUUAGGAUUCCGGCGCAGCUUACACACCUCAGCUUCCUCCCCGUUACUCCGGAGAAAAACGACGGUACUCUGCCAACUAUUCUAGCCAUUUUCUCAACACCUCCAAACGUUGUUUCCAUCGACCAAAAUCAACCGCAGCAGAGCCCAUUUAGCAUUAUCGUCAAAUGGGAAGUCCACCAAACGCAGCAAAAUCAACUGCAUUCUAGUCUGGAUAAAGUCACGUCAAAGAAGAAGAUCGUUAGCUCAGUCUCACCCCGGGACGUGUUCCUGCUUAAACGACAACCUGACAUUGUGAUGCACUCAGUAGUCCUAUCUUUCUUCUCAUUAUGGUACCACAUGGUUCUGUCCUUCUGUUACAGCGAUGGAACCAUAGAAUUCAGAAAGCGAUCUACGUUGGAGACUAUCGGUCCGGACUACAAUGCCCAAACAGUAACGUCUCUAUCUCAGGCUGGAUUCUCAUUUUCAACACUGGAGCCCUUGCUCCAAGUCGCAUUGUCGCCGAAUCAUUGCAUGGCCGUCUGUAUGCAACAGGACGGAACAAUCAAAUUAAGAUAUAUGGAGUAUGGGUACGGCUCGCUCGCCUCAGACGAGGAAGAUGCGAGACACUCUGCAGCUCUAGCCGCCUUAGUUCUCCAGUCCUCAACCGCUGCAAACCAAUAUUUCUCUAGUGACGACAUCUUCGCGGUAGUCGGCGAGCUUUCCGAAAAGCGCAAACGAGACUUCAUAUAUCUCAUGUUCCAAGGUUUGAAUGUCAACAUCGACUGCGGCAUUGAUGACAACAGCAACAAUCACCUCAUGCUCCUCGGCCGGUCACCAACCUUCGUAAAGACGCUCAGCGCCGCGCACCUCCUCGGUCUCCAAGGCAGCGUCAACAGAAGCGUAUCCAGUAAAAUCGCAUGGACAAUCCUCAACAUCAAAUACAUAACGCAAAUUCUCACCACCAUCGCGCGCAUGCACGGACAAAUAGAAAAGAGCCCUCUCCGACCCGAAGUUGUGCCUCAGCUCAUCGGCAUCUGUCGCUGGAUCGUAAACUUCAUGGUCUACAUGAUCGACGAGCUAAUGGCACUGGGCUACAAGCUGAAAGACCUACCACAAAACUCCUUCGACCGACCGACGCUCGAGUCUAGAAUCCAAGAGACAAAUCACUCCGCCAUCCUCAUCCUCCUUUCAUCUUUCCCAAGGAUGAUGAUGAAGCUCUGGGCUAACCCGCUCGUCUGGGUCGCGCGAACAGCGCAACACUACGUUGAUAAAUGGCCGUCACCAGAAGUCCGUCGUAUAUACGCACCUCUGCAUCAAGCCUUCUCCGACGUACCCUUCACUUUCACGAACUUCGACGUCCUCGUUUCAGAGGCCCACAUGCUGGUCCGCAAUUCCUACAAACGUGCCGGCAUGACCGAAGCUCAGCGCAACGAAGUCGAGCGCGAACUCAUCCUCGGUCGUGUCCCUGAAGUGCUGGUCCCCGCGGCCAGGCGUCUGCUAGGUGACACGCUGUUUAAGGAGGAUCAAGAAGGCGGCGCGUUUUUAGAUCGAAAGGGCAUGGAUCCUGCGAAGAUUAUUUUCUUCGAUACUACAUGGUUGGGGCUGCAUGCGACGGACCAUUCUAAAGAGUGGUUUGAAACGCAUAUUGUGGAUGUGUGCCAGAAGAUGGUGAUACGGGGCACAGGUGCGCAGAGUCAUCCGGCGUCUAUGAUGAUGAGGUCGUCGAGGGAUCGGAGUGAUAGCGGGGCUGCUACUGGGUUUGCGAACGAUGACAAGAAGGAGAAGAGGAAGCCGCAGCUGAGGAAAUGUGUGAGGUGUGGCGCCUAUAUGGAGGAUGUUACGCAGGGUAUGCCGGGGUAUGCACAUCAUCAUAUUAGUUGGUUGAUGGGUGUGGCGAAGCAUUGCGUUUGCGGCAAUUCGUGGAUGUUGACCGAGGAAAAGAGGAGAGCGAAAUAGGAAAGAGCAAGAGGAAGGCGCCGCUUAGGGAGGUGGUUAAUAUUGAACACCUUUUUCGGACACUUUUGGCACGGAGAGAACUGGAAAAGGGUGGCUUGAGCGUUGUGG